AUGACAAGUUGCUGGGUGGUGGGAGAGAUUUACUUCUCCCAACUUUCUUUCAACCCACCUGAGGACUUGCACGAACUUGAAGUUCUAGACAGCAUCCUUGUCCCAAGAAAGUGCAAGUGUCCCCACUCUUCCCAACACAAGCGUCCAGCAAGCUAUGACCACUACAACUGCGGCCAGCUCCUCAACAACUGCCCCACAACAGGUUUUAAGACCACCCAAGCCCGGGGAGGCCACAUCCCCACAUGUAAAUCCAACCCCAACCCCAAGCCCGCCACUCUGCAUAUCCACAUUUCCUGCGUGGAGGGUCCAACCGUACUGGUGGAGUGCGAGCGCCAUUGGCAGUGGACGGCGUCGAUCGCCGACGACAGGCUCCAGUUCUACACAAAGCAUCACACGUGCGCGCGCAGUGGUAGCGACGCACGUAAGCUCGCGACCAGACUCUGCAAGCAGGACGCGCGCAGGGCUUUCCCAGGGCGGCUGAUUGAAUUCGAGCGCACUGAGAAGCCGCGAGACGAAGAGCCUUCCCCGUGGCGUCCGCUUGAGGCUGCCGCGCAGAAUUUCCUCCGGGACGCGAUCAUGGCGGAGACCUUCAAGGCCCUGCACUCGCGCCGAGGCUAUAGUGCACUUCACGUUUACGUCAGGUCCCUCGGUCCUCGGUGCGAGUGCCAGUCAAUGCAAGGCCUUGAAGGCAAGUUUCAGAAACAAUUUUCACCCACUACAGUCGGCGACAUUGGUGAUCUGGGGCUGGGAACUGAAGAUCUUGAAGCGAUCGUUGAGGUCCUAGGUGCCGAGGUGGAAGGCGAUGGAGGAUCAGCGGUACCUGCACCUAAUAGCGCUUUUCAGUACGGAUGUCGGGGCCACCACUUGGGUGGUUGA